CCAUGCCCAGGCGGGCACAUUGGUUGGUUCUUGUAUGUGCCCUGACCAGAGACUGAAUACACAGCCUUGGCACGUCGGGACAACAGCUUGAGUUUUUACUGCAAUUCUUAGGUUAGUGUGAUUUUAGACCCAGGAAUGGAGGCGCGGUGUGUCAAAGGUGCUGGUUACCUUGUCCAAGGACAACUAGCUGGUUGGUGGCAGGGCUGAGAUUUGCUUCGGAGCCCUCAAGCUCUGAGUCAAUAUUUGUCCCCAGGGUACAUGUGGCAAUAUCUGGAGGCAUGUUUGGUUGUCACAGCUGGGGAGAUACUACUGGCAUCUAGUGCAAGAAGUUCAACAUUUUCUGUGGCAAAGGAUUAUACAGCCCAAUGUCCAUCAGUGUGGCGGUUAGAAACCUGGAGAAGACAGGUGCUGCCGUCCCCAUCAGGGCUCUUAGGCCCCCAUGGAAGUCCUUUCCCCGCUGCCCGUGAAGCAGGAGGGCCAGACCCCUGAGGGCCUGGCCCUGGACUCACCAUGGCACCGUUUCCGCCACUUCCACCUGGGGGACGCCCCGGGCCCCAGAGAGGCACUGGGCCUGCUGCGCGCCCUGUGCCGGGACUGGCUGCAGCCCGAGGUACGCACCAAGGAGCAGAUGCUGGAACUGCUGGUGCUGGAGCAGUUCCUGAGUGCCUUCCCCGCUGACAUCCAGGCCUGGGUGUGCAGCCGGCGGCCCCAGAGUGGAGAGGAGGCCCUGGCCCUGCUGGAGGAGAUCUGGGGACCAGCGAUGAGGGCCCCUCGGGAUGUGACAGAGGGCUCCGGGGUUGGCCUCCAGAAGGAAGAUGGCCGCAUGAUUCCUCUAGGAGACCCGGUCCCAGGGGUUGAGGAGCUGGCCGCAGGGGACGCCCAGGCCACGCGCCCCUACAAGCAGGAGCCAGGCCGCCCCACCCUAUGA